AUGCUUUUGUCAAUGUUGAGGCCUGCCGCAGGCUGCUGCCUCUACUUACAGCUACUUGUUCUUUCUUUUUCCUGUGUUGAGAGUUUUUUGACUCCAUCUCAUCUACAGAACGGCCUCAAUGGUUUUUCUGGGCUACGCUACUUUCAUAUAACUGGAGCUCCACGAUUGACCGUUCCACUGUCGGAAAGUAUUGAUGCGAAUCGAGAGAGGGCCACGCUUUCAAGAAUCGUCGUCGAAGACUUUGCGCUGCUUAUUACACCUGCAGCGAUGGCUGGUAUAGCUUUCAGUCAAUACAAAGACACGUCUGUCGCCUUUCACAAUUUCGUAGAAGUCGCUUCGCAAAAUACCUGGUCACCAGUGGAUGGGGGUGCAUACCUUACCGAUCUUAUCACGCCGGCUUUGAACGGACCUGUGACAACCGUGAUAUCAAUUUUGUUUGCUACGCUGGUUUCGAUGACUGUGUCUAAUUUGUUAACAAGACAGAAUACAAUGGCUAGGGCCUUAGCUGAAAUCAUUGAUGACGCUCGUCGCACCGAGAUUCAUAUUGAAAAUUUUCCCGAGCCAUUCAGGAGUCGGGCUGACUCCCUUGUGGACAGCUUUGUACGAGGGGUUUUCGAAGACGCAGCGCAGAAAAAGAUAUGUCCAGUUUCCCUUCGCAGUCGUCAGGAGCUUGGCUCUCUUCUGAAGCUUCUCAAUCAGCUAUCACUGGAACCUAAUGCUCCGGGAAUGAUUUUGGGGGAAGCUUACGCCGCAGUUAACCGUAUUAUCGACCACCGGUCUAACCUGAUUGCUGCAUACCAAACCAGAUUUCCUAUUUGGCACUAUGGUAAUCUAGCCAUAUUGGCUUUGGCCAUUUGCGUUAUUUUUCUGAUGCUAACCGAUAAAAGCGCAUUGCUGUUUCUGGGUGGAUUUCAAUUGCGAAUGUGCUGGUCGAUGCUUAUUGGUACCUUUGCAAUGCUGGCCGUAGUCAUUUAUGACUUGAAUACGCCUCUUUCUGGUGUCUUUAAGAUUGUUGAGUCAACAAACAUGAAUUCCGCUACUCGUAAGACAUACGGCAAUAUUCUCGAAGACUAAUACAUUGGUAUGGGUAAGCGACGCAGGCAUCAUAGUCAGUAAGGGUGAUGAUCAAAAUUGUCUGCUUCCAAGUAGUUCAAACAAGGUUCCUCGCUUGGUGCACACUUGGCUCAGGAACAUGAAAUUUGCAAUAGACAAAGGCAACAGCAAUGUUAAACAUUGUGUGUAUC